CGAGGGCCCCAAGGCGGUGCCUGAGGCGCCAAAGACGGCCCGAGAGGGCCCCAAGAGAGGCCCUCCGUAGCCAUUUUGGCUCAAGGAAUUUACAAGCUCAAGGUCGUUUGAGCUCAGGUGUUGGUUCUAUCAGGGCCUGUUCCCACCUUCUCAGGAGCAGGGCGUGGACAGUUUUGCCGCUGCGCCUUCGCGACUGCCACCGCGAACCUGGCCAGGUUGCGAUGAAGUCGUUCAGCAAUCUGCGAGGACCACGCAUCUGGUCAAAAGAGAAGCGGCGCAUACAUCCGACAGAGGAAAGCCAGAAUGGAUCACAGGAAACGCUGUCGACUUGCCCGGCAGAAUCUGGCGUAUCCUCUGACGGCCAUUGCCAGCACGAUGAGCGGAAGAGCGCGGCUAGCGAGACAUGAGUUAUACCCAGAGCUUUGGCCCGACAUCCUAGCACCGGCAGCAAGGACAGCACGGGGAGCCGGAGACCCGCGGCACAAAUGAUAAUGAAUCACAUGAAGUCCGUACGGGAGACUUUGCCGACGUUGAAGCCGGGCAUGGUCGUGACCACAAAGAGUGCACGGGUCAACAUGUUGGUCGUUCGUAACCCCAAGGAGUGGUCAGAGGGGGACGUGGACGGCGGCGUGGGCAAACCUGGGAUAAUAUUUGCCAUCGAUGUAGUCGCAGGGGAUUGCACGGUUUAUUGGUACGAGUCUGGGCAGGUCAACAACUGCAGCAUCGGCAGAAAGGGCGUGCUCUGCAAGCCGUGCGGCGCCAUCCCGGGGUCGCUUGGAGGGGACGACGGAUUGGCGAACGUGGGCAUGGUUCACUCCGCCAUGGAGGCAAUGAGGACUCUGCUCGGGGGCCGCGCUAAGAGAGGACACCAGACGGAAACACCAGUCGAGCCGUUUACUCGACACAUCUCGCCGUUUGGCCGGAAGAUCUCGUACACGCAGUACGUGGAGAAGACGCAGACGGCAAUCAUAUUCGAUUGGGACGACACGCUGUUCCCAACCACAUACGUCAAGCACGAUCUGGGCCUCUCCAUCAAUCAUAGUCUGAAGGACCAGGCGCUCAGUCCCGGGAAGAUGGUACGUGUCCGGACCGCUCUAGCGAGAGCCGCGUGCGCCGCCGGACGGCUCCUCCGGUUGGCGGACGAGCGCGGGAAGGUCGUCAUUGUGACUUUGGCCAGGAGUCCGUGGGUCACCGAUUCCUGCAGGAAUUUCUACCCUGGGAUGGGCGAGCUCAUCAAGAAGCUCGGUAUCCAGAUUGUGUACGCGCGGGAUAGCGAGCAGAUUGAGCACAACAAGGUGAAUUCGAUGGCCGAGGAUCAAUUCGAGACGUUCUGGGCCGAGAUGAAGGGCAGGACCAUCUCCAAGGUUCUGAGCGACUUUUAUUCCCAGUACGAGGGGCAGUCCUGGAAGAACAUCCUAUCCGUGGGGGACUCACAAUUUGAGCGGUACGGCACGAUGGCCGCGACGAUGCAGUAUGCUGCAGUCCAGGGCCUGGCUAACGAGGAGAUCUGCCUGGGCAGUCUGCAGGCGACGGCGAGGGCGUGCGAGGUCUCGAAUGGGUCCACGCGGUCGUCGCUGUCUGUGUCGAGCGUGAAGAGCCUUGAGAGCAGGGGCAGUGGGAGGCGAAUGUCGUGGGAGGGAACCGUCGGCGGCUACCAGGUCAAGGUCAGGACGAAGACCUUCAGGAUGCUGGGCGAUCCGACGGCAGAGGAGCUCAUCGUGCAGAUGAGUUUGAUGUUUCGGUGGCUCCCUCUGAUGGUGGAGCUUGACGAAGGCUUCGACGUCGAUCUCAACAGCCUCGACGGCGAGGCGGCGUUCGAUAAGAUCGAGAGCACGCUGUUCGGUGCCAAGGACUGAGGAAGCGUGUUGUGUGUAUCAGCAACGUGUGGGCCCCUACCGGCAGGCAAAUUCAAUACGUCUUUGUUAGAAUAGUCUGCUGCCCUGCGCGAAAUGUGCCUCGGUUCCGAAACCCAUAGUUGUGGGUGCUCACGAAAUGGGAGGUUCUCGUUGGUUGCCGUCAUACAAAGGUUUAGUUCAGACAGUCUGCACAGGCGCGUCAGUUUUGUCCACUUCGGCAGGUGUAUUGGCUGGAGGCCUCUCCCACAUCUGCCAGCGCACGUUGCAGCUGGAUGAGAUCUAUGCUGUGCCUGAGACGCGGGGCAGGAUCAUUGCUAGACAUGUAGACGGGGUCCUGACAGGUGGGAUUAUCUGGAUGUCUGU